CCGCGCUCGCUGCCCUUCCGCCCUGCGCGGCGCCGCUCCGGCCCCGUAUAAAGCGGCGGCCGCCGCCCGCUCGGCUCCGGCCCCAUGGAGGCGCAGCGGCGGCCCCUCGGCGGCGCGGUCCAGGGUUUGAGCAGAGGCCGAGAGUCCCCUGCAAAGAGCCAUGAGCGUGGGCAGCAUCUUCUCUGUCCCGGCUUGGCCUGAGGUGCUGCCGGCUGUCCCACUGGGAGAGAGGAUGAGCAGCAGAGAACCCUGUGAGAGCAGUGGGCUCGGCAGCCUGGCCAAAGAAGCGGGGAGCCCUGGGAGGGAGCCCCGUGGCAGUGCUGAGCUCCAGCUGAAGGUGGAUUUCUUCCGCAAGCUGGGAUACUCCUCGGCAGAGAUCCACAUUGUCCUGCAGAAGCUGGGUUUGGAUGCCGACACCAACACAGUGCUGGGGGAACUGGUGAAACACGGCUCCACUGAGCGGGAGGAGACCUCAGCCCCACUGGAGGCUCCGGAAGCUCCCCUGGUUCCACGUGGAGGGGUAGCCAACAAGACCCCUGCACCCACGCCAGUCCCGGAGGAGACAGAGAGCGACAACCUAAAGCCCAUUGUCAUCGAUGGCAGCAAUGUGGCCAUGAGCCAUGGAAACAAAGAGGUGUUCUCCUGCCGAGGCAUCCUUCUGGCUGUCCAGUGGUUUUGGGACAGAGGACACAAGGAUAUUACAGUCUUUGUGCCAUCUUGGAGGAAGGAGCAGCCACGACCAGAUGUGCUUAUAACAGACCAGUACAUUCUCCGUGACCUUGAAAAGAAGAAAAUUCUGGUCUUCACUCCUUCCAGGCGGGUUGGAGGCAAGCGUGUGGUCUGUUAUGAUGAUCGAUUCAUUGUGAAACUGGCACAUGAGUCUGAUGGCAUCGUGGUUUCUAAUGAUACCUAUCGGGAUCUGCAGAACGAGCGUCCCGAGUGGAAGAAAUUCAUUGAGGAGCGCCUGCUGAUGUAUUCCUUUGUUAAUGACAAGUUUAUGCCCCCAGAUGAUCCCUUGGGGCGGCAUGGCCCCAGCUUGGAUAACUUCCUCAGAAAGAAGCCAGUUGUGCCAGAACACAAGCAGCAGCAGUGCCCUUAUGGAAAGAAAUGCACUUAUGGAAUUAAGUGUAAAUUCUACCACCCUGAAAGGAUCAAUCAGCCCCAGCGCUCGUUAGCUGAUGAACUCCGAGCCAAUGCAAGGUUGUCUCCUACCAGAAGUACCAGCGCCAAGGAAGAGAAAAAGGGCAAAAGAGGCUCCCAGGCAGAGCUCCUGUGCUCUGUGCCCCCAGAGAGCGAUAAAAGCUCUUUGCAGAAGGUCUCUGCAGAGAGGAAAUGCUUGGCCCACAAAGCAAAGCCCAGUGACGUUCCACUUCAGGUCAAAGGCAGUGUGGCAGGCAACGUCCCUCCUAGCAGUGGGAGCUUCAGGUCUUCUGACAGGUACCAGCAGCCCCACAUGGACUCUCUGUCUUACAUCUCUCAGGAGCACCUUGACUCAGGCAUUGGCUCUUUGGAGAACCAACUGUCUGACAUGUGGCCUUACAGAGCUACCAGUCACUGUGAUCAUUCCCAUGCGGAUCAGGUGGCGGUUUGCGGCAGGCAGAGGCCUGUCUACCCGCAUUCUCCCAGCUUAGAGCAAAACAGCCUGGUCUCUUACAAGCAUGGUUCCCAUAAAUCCUCUUCCUCUGGUGCUAGCUUCUUGCAGUAUGGCCCUGAGCUCUCUCACUCGGGAGCACCUCACUCUUUCUCAGGCUACGGAGUCCCUGUACACCCAGCUAACACUGGGCAAUACAGUCUGCCCGGUGAGUUUAAUCCCCCUCCACCCCAUUCUUGCGAGUACUGGUCUGAGCCGUACCAGAUGGCACCACCUCAAGUGAGAUCUCCCAGCAUGCGUGAUCCUCGUUCAGUACAGAGAGCCCCGGGGCCAGCGUACGGGGACUCUGGCCAGUGGGCUGUGUCUGACCACUUUGCAGAGGAGCGAGCUAACGUGCACGUCAAGCUCUGUGGCAUAUUCCAUCCCCAUUUAGUUGAUGCUGUGAUGAGCCGCUUCCCUCAGCUUCUGGAUCCCCAAAGACUCGCUGCAGAGAUACUAACAUACAAGUCUCAGAACCCGGGUAUUUGAAGGAGAUGCUGAGGGCAGCCAGGCACGUGAAGAGCUUGCGGUGCAGUGUUGUGCUCUGUAGCCACCACCAAUGCGUUCUGAGGGCUCCUUUUUAUUCCUUGGCAGUACCAGGCUCCCUGGAUACCAGAUGGGGUAUGCUCACAGCAAAUUCUCAUCCAGACCUGACGGUGUGCCUGUCUUGGAGAGGCAACUGAGGGUUCUGGCUGCUCUAGAGAAUGUUGGAGAUCCUCUGAGUGAGGAACAGGAGAGGCUGCAGCUUCCGAGCAGUAUUUUUCUUUUGAGGAUGCAUAGUGUUAGGCACACCCUAAAUUCCUGCAGUUCAGAACAGAACGUGACCUUACCCCUCCCGUGAGCCUCAGCUUUGAGAUGGUUUUGUGUAUCAUCAGGCAGAGGGAUGGAAGAACUUGGGCAGCUGGUGGAGGAUUGAGGGGGUGCUACCUGUGCAGUGGUGUCAGCCUUGCUUGGGAAGGCUGAAAGGCAUUGCCAAGGCUGUUCUUAACUCAACUAAGCCUCAAAGUGCUGCCAUGCAGAUAUAUGGAAAAAGUUGGAUUAUAAAUCUACUGUGAAGCUAGAUUUAGCUGACUAAUUUGGCUUUAUUGGUGCACUCUUUAGUGAUGUUUUCCAUACCCCUCCCACUUGCACUUACCUUUCUGAGAUGAGGUAACUCUGCAAUAUGUACCACACGUGCUUAGCAAGCAGCUCAGCUCCCAGAAAGGAGCUAGGAAUGCAAUCCUUUCUCAGGAUGAGGGGCCUCGCGCUGCUCCAAAGCUAAAUGAAAGUCAUUGUAUUCGGCGUUUGCUGAAAACUGCAGUUGUGGGAACACGUGGCUGACCAUGCUGUUGAUGCUCCUCCAAAGUCUUGACCUUGGCUGUUAACCUGUCUCAGGCUCUUUCUGCACAGCACCCACGAGGAGGAUUUAUGAUGGUUGUGCCUUUUAUCUUCAGACAGCAAUAGCUUUGAGCAUUCAGUAAACCAGCUGUAAUCAUGCCUGGACUGCUGCCAGUCUCCUUCCUGAGGAUGCUUUAAUAUUUUUCUCUAAAGCUUUCACUGUCUUCCUUCUUACAAAUAUUUUCCUGUCCCCUUCAGCUUUGUCAAGCUAUAGCAUCCCAAAAAAUGCAGAAUAAGACUUAUUUGGUAAGACUGUUCCGUUUCCAUCCCCUUUUACUCUGUAAGAUGUUUUUUACUGUAGAUAUUGUAACGGAUUCUAAAUAUGCAAACCCAGUUGCUGUAGUAAUUGUUUCUGGUCCUGGGACUUCAGUGUGCUUAGAACGCAAAGAAUGUUUCUUGCACUUGCAGGCCAGAAGCAGUUGAUUUGUUGAUACACAUUGUAUCUGUGGUUUUUGUUAUGUUUUUUUAAAUAAGUCCAUCUUGUGGUUAAACCAAGGUCCUUGAGCGGCUGAUUAUGAAGGGCAGAGUGGAACAUGGCUGUUGGAGAGCCCUGCUCGGGAAUAGCUUUGUCCAACUGCUCUUCUCUCCGAGUGUCCAAGGCAUUGACCUACCCAGACUGGCACCAUGUGCCGUAAAACCCACAGGGACACAGGAACCUGUAUACCUGAUUAAUGAGGAUACAUUACAAAUUAGUAAUGUUUCAUGUUAGUAAGCAAAAUGCUUCUUAAUUUUAAGUAACCUGAUACUUUGCAUAUUUGUAAAUUACAGGAAAAAUGGUUUUUAAUGUUAUUGUCCAGCAACUUGCUGCUUGCUGCUGGUUUUAAUUAGUAGUGUUCUCGACUCAGCCAUUGUGUUACUUGGCGUGGUGUGGUUUGGUUUUCUGGUGGAAUGCUGAUAUACGCUGCUUCUCUUGCAAUCAGAAAAUUAACAUUUUAUACUCUCAAGCUGCCGUUUUGCUGAACUUUCUGUAUUGUUACGCAGUAUAUGGGCUGUGGACGGAUGGAGGCAGCUGCGUGAAAGCCAUGGCAAAGGAGGAACCUUGUGUUCUAUAAAUAAAAACUGCUGAGUUGAACUAUUUGGU